CGUGCCCGCGGCGCAUCACCAUGGCGCCAACGCUCUAUCCCCGCGGCACAGUCAAAAAGAUAGUCAAGGCGCAUUCAAAUCGGCAGGUUAGCAAGAACGUUGAUAUCCUGAUAUACUUGAACUACGCGCUGUUCAUGCAAGAGUUGAUCAACGAAGCGAGUAUCAAAAGCAAGCAACGGGGUGAGAGGGGAGUAUCGGCGCGCAGUGUAAAAAGGGUUAGUGAGGAUGUGUUGAGGAAGUACAAGGGCUGAGGUUUGUCGGUUUCUCAGGGGCAAUGCAGAAAUAGAGGCGUUAUGGGCGUACAGCAUUACGAUACGCAAGUUCGUGAUUUUUUUUUCUUGGUGUGCAUAGACAAGCAUAGCGUAGUGUGUAUCAGAAAU